AUGACCUUCACUCCCGACGAUGCGUGGGGUCUAAUCUGUAAGGGCUGUGACGCCCUGGUAGCGCGCCACUCGCAGCUCUCCUUCAUCCUGGAGAACGCGACGGGCGUGCACCUCACCCUGGACAGAACGCUGCUGCGCUACGAGCAGUUCGGUGAGAGUUGGCGCGUCUCCAGCCACUCAGGGGUCCUCCCAGAACUUAGGUUCACCAAGAUCCACACUAAAAACGCGUUUAAGCGACAGCGCCUGCCCUUUGAGCUGUGCUGCGUCCACUGUGACGCUAAAGUGGCGUCUGAGGGAUUCCUGGACGAACUGCCGGACGAGUCGAUGCUGCUGUUGGACUCGAAGUCGUGUACCUUUGUGUUGGACAGAAAGUUCCCGUACUGGAUGACGGGGGGUGCCAAGGGCAGAAAAUGGGGCGUUAUUCUACGACAACUGCAGGAGUUGAAGCUUCCCCUGAAGGUUUACAAGGUUCAAGAGUUGGUCGACGUUGAGAGGGUUUACAAUGCGCAAGAAAGCGAUGUGUUGCCUGUGGUGCACCCGACGGUGGCCAGAAUUCGGAGCCACUUUAGUCCUAGGGCAAAGAUGUCCCAGUUGCGGCGGUAUCAAGUGGAGUUGACGAUCUCAGCGUUGCUAGAGAACACAAUUGUGUAUCUGCCGACGGGUUGCGGCAAGACUUUGGUGGCAAUCAAGGUCCUGGAUGAGAUGAAGCACCUGAAUCCGAACAAGUUGGUGGUGUUCUUUGUGCCCACGGGCCCGUUGGUGUCGCAGCAAGCUGCGUAUAUCCGACGAGAAUCCGAUUUUCGCGUGAAGGAGAUGUCAGGCCAGCAUGGACGCACUGGGGCGGCGACUAGCGACCCGAUUACAGUCGAUGGGGAUGUUGAUGCUCUGGCGGUGACGCCUCAGUACUUUUUAAAUUUGCUGUUCAAUGACCGCACGAAGAUCACGGAUUACAGUGUGAUGGUGUUCGACGAAGCACAUCACGCGACUGGGAAUCAUCCGUACUGCGAGUUGCUGAAAAAGCUGGCAACAAUUGACCUUCGAACUCGACCACACAUCCUGGCGCUGACGGCCUCGCCGUUUGGCGAGGGAGUGCGAGAGACGUCAGGCCAGACUGCGCUGAACAACCUCGCUCGAGCAUUUAACGCUGUGGUCAAUGCUCCGACAAUCGCUGCAGAGGACUUGGAGGCUAGUUUUAUCCCGAAGGAGGCGCAAUGGGUCACUGUCCAAGAAAGUGAGCACGAACGUAAGCUUCGGGAGGGGAUCAAGCGCUACAUCGAGUCGUUCUAUACGCUGAUUAGAAGACUGAUGAACGGACAAGUGAUACCAUUCGAGGGGAACUAUGACACUGAUGACAUGGAGCUGUCCCAGUUCCUGGCAAAACUGCGUAUCUUACGAGAACAAGCAGAGAAGAUGGCGAGGGGACCCAAAGCUGACACUGAUACGACUGGAGUUGAGAAAAGCAAACGCUCAUUGUCCGAUCUGGAGCUGAUUUUCCAGCAUCUGCUGAAGGUGGCUUCGUCUUUUUACAACCUGAGUAUCCAUGGUGCUGGAACUGUUGCCGAAGCACUGCGGCGCAUUUUCAGCGACUUGGAAGCUGCGGAAUCCAAGAAGGGGAAGCGUGCCUUUGUGCUGGUUGAGCCAGCCUAUCGUGCUAUCAUGAUCCCGGCGCUAGUUAACUUUCCUCUCGAAACGUUCACUGGGACGGAUAUCUCUAAUCGUGUGCACCUUGUCGCAGAGUGCAUCCGGAGGGCCAACUUCGACCACAACUCACGAGCAAUUGUGUUUGUGCGGCGUCGUAAAACUGCGAUUCUGCUGGCAAAAGCAAUGGAAGCGCUGGAUGUGCUGCGUGAGCUGAACCCCACGCGUUUCGUUGGUCACAAUUCUUAUGAAGGCAUGUCGUGGGAGGAGGAGCAGCGGCCGACACUGGAUCGUUUUCGACAAGGACGCAUCCGCCUCUUAGUUGCUACUAACGUGCUUGAGGAAGGCCUUGACGUGCCUGAAUGCUCCCUAGUCAUUCAAUUCGACGGAGUGAUUGGAGUGACGAGUCUCAUCCAAAGUCGAGGCCGAGCACGUCACCGAGACAGCAGCUUCAUCAUCUUCUGCUCUGCAGUAGGGAAGGAGCGCAAUCAGCGACUUGUGGAGAAUGAAAAACGACUGGUCUUGAUGGCGAAUAAGGCGGCCGCGAGAUUAAAUUCCAAAGCUACAGUGGAGGAGUUGAUGGGCAGUUACUCAGAAGACAUGGCUGUCGAUCCUUCAGUCGCUGCGAAUGAAGAAACAUCGGCAUUGGCAGCUCGGGCAACAUUUGACGCAAUGGCUGAUAAGGUGUACAACAUCGUGCUGGGCGGUGCGUUUAUCGGUGCCGACAAACAGCUGCAGCAGGAGAUCCUGGAACGAGUGAGUGAGUUCGCCUCGGUACGAAGAGCAGACGAGGUCAUUGGACUCUGCACUGUUGCCGCAUCUCCUGACCAAAGCAUCUAUUCAUCCUACAACUCACUGUGCUCUGGUGUCGAGUUUUUUGUUCAAGAACAGUCGUUUUGGAUGCGCUUUGAAAGCGAUGAUAUGGCGAAUGCAGCGGGCGGACAAAUUGCUGAGAACAUUCCCAAUAUCGGACUGCGUCGUGGAUUAAUGACACCAGAUGGAGCUUUCAUGGAACUGGAAAACUUUGGCAAUGCCAAUAGGUCACUAGGUGACAUCGAGUUGGCAGCGGAUGCACUGAUCGUAGAUUUUGGCUAUCGGCGUGUGGAGUUCGAUUUACGAGCGCUGAAUGCGCCGCGGGUGUGGUUCGAUUUGAUUCCUACAGCAGGAAGCGCUGCAUCUAUAUACCUCUCGCUUCGCCUGCCGCCUUCGUGCUACAUUGAAGAUGAACGCGAGUGUAAGGGGUGCCAGUCACACGCACUUGUUUAUCGCUUAGUUUUGCCUCACUCGGACCAAUUGACGACUCACGUAUGGAAUCUCCGCGUGUUUUUCUCAAAGCUUGGAAUUGAAGUCCGCGAAACGAAGAUACCCCAGACAGGCGGGAGGAGUACGUCUUCCACAAAGCUACGCUUUGCGCUAUCAGUAGCAUAUUCUCUUCAGUGUCUACUUUCCGACUGCAGUUACUUCACGAACGGAUUCCUGCCACCUGCUUUCUAUGAGCUGCUGACGGAACUUGACGAAGAUGUUCAAGAAAAAGCUCUUCUAGCGUUUCGUGCGCACCCAAGUGAUGUCAGUAUUACAGAUCAGUUUUCGAGUUUUCUUAAAGAAGAACGGUCCACUCUGGAGGGGUUAUGCACCAGCCCGUCCUUGAACCCAGAGUCUAUCGUUUAUAAGGUCAUUGUGACACCUUCGAGGAUCGUGUACUGUCCACCUGAUCCAGCACCAAGCAAUCGCGUAUUUCGUCAUUGGGGCUCGGAGAACUUCAUGUACGUGUACUUCCGUGAUGACAAUAUGGAGCGCUUGGACUUCAGGUCCGUGACGAUCUUGGAGCGCAUUCGAAACGUGUUGAAGAACGGGAUUGAGAUUCCCCACGUAAGUGGUGGACUUAAGUUUCGUUUCCUUGGUUGCUCCUUGAGUCAGGUGCGUAACAGCAGCGCAAUCUUCACGCGACUUGAUCAUCACGCAGUUCGACUGUGGAUUGGAGACCUCUCGUUAUUAACGUCUCCAGCCAAGUAUCUUAAGCGUCUCGGUCAAGCAUUCUCUUCUACUAAAGAUACAUUCGAAGUCAGCCGGAGUGUUCUUGACAACCCGGUGGACGAUAUCGAGAACGACCAGUACGUGUUUACGGACGGAUGCGGCGAGAUCGGGUUAGUUGGAGCAGAGAGUAUUGUGAGAGAGCUUCAGCUCUCGUAUACUCCGUCCGCUUUCCAAGUCCGUCUAGGAGGCGCAAAAGGAGUUUUAGUAGUAUCCGAUCUUGGCAACCCCGACAUCAGCCGCGAAGAAGCUGUUGUUCUUCGCAAAAGCAUGUCCAAGUUCUCGUCAAAUCACACGAUGCUUGAAAUAGUCGCGUGUGCUGGGAAAUCAGAGGCGUACUUGACACGCCAGAGCGUCCUGAUCUUGAAUGAUCUUGGGAUCAACGAGGACGUUUUCAUGGAGAUGCAGGAAGAGUUUCUGAGCGAUCUUCGGUCACUGAUUGCAUCCGAUAGUGGAGCAUACUUCGGUCUGAAGGCUGUGCUGCCACCGAGUGUGAUUUGGCGGAUUGAUGUGCUUGUCCGUAAGCUCGAGGUGAAAAUUUUGGUUGAUGAGUAUCUGUCGUCGUUGGCAAGAACAAUUUACCAUUAUCGACUUGCAAACACGGUGAUGCGUGCCCGAAUUCCCAUCGCAAAAGGACGUACUUUGAUGGGCGUGGCAGACUUCACUGGGACGUUGGAGUACGGAGAAGUGUUUGUGCAGUAUUCAGACACGGACGAGGAAACUGGAAACGAUAGCUACGUGCUGCUUGAUGGAAUUGACGUGGCGGUUCAUCGAAGCCCCUGCCACCACCCUGGUGAUAUUCGAGUUCUUCGUUGCAGAACAGAUGUGCCACCGCAAUUACGCCAGCUGAAGGACUGCAUCGUGUUCCCUUCUAAAGGCCCACGACCGCAUCCUGACGAAUGCACAGGCGGAGACUUAGACGGUGACAUGUUCGUCGUCAUCUGGGACGAGCGGUUGAUCCCAUCCAGGACACAAGUCCACGAACCGAUGGCUUUCGACGAAGAUAAUGGAGGGGAUACUAGUCCGAGAGGAGAGGAAUACCACCAGUCAACUGAUGACGCAGGUUUGAUUGAUUUUUACAUCCACUCCAUCCAGGAUGAUAUCCUUGGUAUUGCGUCGAAUGCCCAUCUCGCGCUGUGCGAUUCAUCGAAUGACGGAAGCCUUGACGACAACGCAAAGAUCCUGGCUCGUAUUUGCUCGAAACAAGUCGACAGUCUUCGCGCAGAGAAGGAUCUGGAGAUUGUUCGCAACUUAGCGCCAAAGAGUUAUCCCGAUUUCAUGCAAAACAAGGAGAAGCCGUCGUACCCGUCGAAGAAGAUUCUGGGCAAGAUGUAUCGCCGUUGCAAGGCCAUUUUUGACACGACGAUGACCAAGAGUGUGAGUCGAAUGCCCAUCCGUGACGACCACUUCCUGGUAGCUGGAUACACUGACUACGUCGAGCAGGCUAACCUGCUUUAUCGUCAGUAUAAGUUGCGUCUUCGAGCUCUGUUGCUCAUGUCCGGAGCUCAAACGGAGGCAGAGCUCGCAACAGGUAUGAUUGUGGAGCCACAGAGCGAGUAUAAAGCCGACUACUUUCGAUUCGGAGAGCAAUGCAAAGACGCUUUCUACGCUCUGCAGGCUGGCUUCCGAUCUCAGUUCGACAGUGAUACGUCCACUUUUGCGGCUGGUGAAAAUCUCAAGCUCGCUUCUGCCUGUUAUUUUGUCACCCAUGACGACUCCGACGCGACUACGCGCUGCUUAAGCUUCCCGUGGAUCGUGAUCGAUUUACUGACAACGAUCAAAACUAGCAACGCCAGCAAAACGCAUUACAAGGAGUGGAAACCCGUACGUUCGUCGUCAAUUGGCCAAACGAUUCCAAAGCUACAACUGUGCAUGCUGGCUGAGAUCGUAACCAACACGGAAGAGUUGCUCGCGAACUUGUUUGAUCGACUGGUGGCUGUGACUUCGCUUCGCUCUGAAAUGCCUGGAAACCUUCAAAAGAAGGAGUUCGAUCUCCUUUUAUUCGGUUCGUCAGGGCUGCUAACGUUUGAAAAGCAGUCUGACUUGGAUGUGAUGGUUCGUUGUUCGUCUUCGCGCGGCUCACUGGAGGCUAUUGCGAAGGCUUUGGAAGGCUCACACGGCAACAUCGAUCUCAAAGACGGGAUCCGGGUGCCGCUGUUGUCCUUUUCGUUCCAACAAUGGUCAAUUGAGAUGUGUAAGUUUUCGUCUGGACCCGUGAAAACACGCCUCUUCCGUACGUACAUGGAGAAGUACAACUUCUUCUGGCCGUGCGUGUACUUCUUGGUGCGCUGGGGAAAAUGUGUGGGGCUGAUCCGGCGACGCUCGGGUGGUGGACUGGAUAUGUUCUCACCGACAGGGUUCAUUUGGCUGUUCAUACGGUUCUGUACCGAGCAGAACUAUGUGCAACCGAUCAGCACCGGUACCAUCACGCUGAAAGAUAUUCUCAAGAAGAACGAUAUCGAUUCGGAGAUCUCGUUUUGGACGGAAUUGCUGACUCGAGUGGUGUCUGGGAAUGAAGACGCAUCUGGCUUCUCAGCAGCUGACGUUCUCCUUUCAUUCUUCGAAUAUUACGCCAACCUAUCAACCCCGUUCUGUGACUACGGAUUCACCGACCCGCUCGACCCGGAGAAUGACACCCAACUGGAACCUGAAGCUGUCACAUUGUUCCGGUCUGAGUGUCAUAUCGCUCUUCACCAGCUGAUUAUCGCUCAGGGAGACAUCAAGUAUCUGCUGACACAUCGUGAAGAGCAGACGAGUCGAAUCACGCUCAGCCAUGCGCUGAGUACGCGGAUUCAUGAGGCAAAAGAUUUCUUCUCGCGAAAAAUUCUGUUUGAAACGAAAGCAGAAGACUCGACUCGCCUGCUGUUCCAGCUUCACCCGAACUUGCUUCGCUCUGAUUUGUAUGUAGCUGAGAUCAUCGGACCUGGUGAUGCGGUGCAACGUAUCGAAGACCAUAUUCGAAUGAUUGAGCAGGAACUGGGCGCCCGGAUGCCUUUCCGUUCGAACCGGAACUUUCACCACGAAGGCUCAAGUUUGUUGCUGUUUGAGGGAGCGGAAUCGCAACAGGAGAAGAUUGGCUUCCAGGAUUACUUUGGCCAGCGUCACGGCGAGCACAAUAACAUCCGGUUACACCAAGCGCACCUGAUCUGCUUCAUGAAUGGGCGUCAGUGGUACGAGCAUGCAGGAGCGACGUUCUGCGCCAAGUUUAUUCAGCAAAUGAUCAAGCUGUCGAGAUACGAACAUCUCAAUCCUGGUGUGACUAAGGCUAAGGCUUUUGUGCGCUUCGGACACCAUUACUUGAUCAACUUGCCACGUUCGUUCGACGAGGAGACGAUCAUGCUAGCUAGCAUCAAAAAGCUAGAAGACGAGUUCGAGCGAGGUCGAACAGCACGAGAAUUGUAUGAGUCUGUUCUCAUUGCAAAGCAGAAGCAGAGGGCACAAGCAGAGACCGCAGAGGGCAAUCAAGAUGAUGCGUUUCCAGAAGCCAGUAGCCCGGAUGGUGAGGUAGUAUGGGGAGAAUAUUCCGAUGAAGAGCAAGAAGGCUGGCGUGUUGGCGGUAGCGGUAGUGGCAGUGUAGGACAAAAGCGGAGGCCACGACCUCCACGAAUGAAGCUACAGAGAGCUGCUACCAUCGCAAGAGGUGACAAGGGAGCCACCCAUUCGUUCUACUCAAUGGUUGAGCCGGAGCAUGCGCCAUGGACGAAGGAGUACGCCGAAAAGCGUCUGGGCAUGACACUGGUAGAAGAAUCGGAUUCCUACCAGGUAUCCAUAGUGCACCAGUCGUUUGAGUACAACGUUAGACUGACGGAUGAUCUCCAACUAGUGAAGAUAUCGACACGUCCGUCACGUUGGUUCAGCGCUACGUUGAAAAUGCGGCAAGAAAUGGACGACGAGAGCCACAUGAUGGAUUCCACGCCAGACGUUCGCUUUUACGUGUCGACUACGGAGGAAAUGCCCAAGACCGACAGUUUAUUCGUGAAACUGGCUGACUGCUGCAAGGAAGCACCCGACGGCCGAGGUGUCAUUGAAUUCUGCAAUGAGACUCGAGACAAGGUGCGCAUUAGCCGUCACCUGGUGGAUGCUGGCGAGUCGCCGGCAUGUAUCGGGACAGUUCGACACGUACGCGGAGCGAAGUACUCCAGUUUCGAAAAGGACAUGCAGCUGUCAUUGAUGCAUAUCCGCGAGUUCAGCAUCCCGGAUCGAAACCCGGAAGAUGGCUUCAUGAGUGUUCGUGACAAGGUCGAGGCGGAAUUUGCACUCCCAGCGUUGACGCCAGAGCGCCGCUUGUUACCAGCUUUCGCGCGUGAUUUCCUGGCUACUGGAAUGGAGUUUGUGGACUUCUUGCGCACUCAAGCAGACAUGGGGAUGCCCUGA